CACCUCAAGUCGUUCUCUGUCACCAUUUGUCUUGUCUAUGUACCCCCCAAUGCCUCUGAUUUCUAUCAUCACCUUCUAAGGCAAUAUCUUUCCUCCCUUCUUGCAAGCUCUCCAAAUCCUAUUAUAAUUGGUGACUUCAACUAUCCUGACAUUUGUUGGGGCUCCUUGAGUAGUUCCCAUAACACGUCUGAUUUAUUUUGUGAUUUAGUCUUUGACUUUAAUCUUACCCAACAUGUAACACAACCAACUCAUUCUGGCGGGAAUAUUUUAGAUCUCAUUUUGGCUCCUCCAGUUGUUCCUAUUUGUGAAGUAUCAGUCAAUCCUCUGCAACCUUUGUGUUCUGACCAUUAUAUAAUAUCCUUUCAAAUUAUGGCUGAAACUCCUAAAUACGGUCUCAAAUCUACCCCUGCUGUUGUUCCUGAUUAUAAUAAGAUCGAUUUUGAGGGUCUAAAUAACUAUUUGCUAGACAUAGAUUUCAGUCCUUGCAUGGCCUCUAAUGACGUGGAGUUCAUUUGGUCCCAUAUUAAAGAUCAUCUAUGCCAGGGUCUAGAUCUUUUUACCCCAAAAGUCCACCUGAGAGCAAAACGCUUUCCUUCAUGGUUCACUCCUGAAAUUAAACAUCUUUGCAAUAAAAUCAAAUCAUUGAAGAAAUCAUUGAAGUCAAGAUCAACUGUAAAGCGGGACAAAAUUCUGCAACUGUCCCAACUACUGAACCAUAAAGUAGCCGUAGCAAAGGCUGCUUACGAGGCACAUCUUGUUAAUACAAGCGAGGGCAAUCCCUCUCGAAUAUUUCGUUAUUUAAGAUCUAUAUCACAACCUUCUGGCAUCCCAACACGUAUGACUUACAACUCUAUACCAGCAGAGACGGACCAAAUUAUCGCAGAAUCUUUUAACAAAUAUUUCUUUUCUGUCUUUAACCGUCAAUCUCCAUCAACUCCGGCUUCCAUGUGCCCCUUAUACGAUAUUCAGACUGUCUCUUUCACUGAAUCUGAAGUGUAUAAUAUUCUUUCCAAUCUCGACCCUGCUAAAGCCAAAGGAAUUGAUGGUAUUGGCCCUACACUGCAAAAAUGAUGGUGGGUUAUACCCACCAUAUCUGUGGAAGGUACCCACUUUUUGGUUUUCCACCAAUGUGGGUGAAACCCCCUGGUGUUAUAUUCCCCCCUUUGGUGGAAAAUACCCACCAUCAAUGUGUAAUAAUUACACUCAUAAUAAUAAUGCCACGCCCACUGCGCAUGCGCAGUUCAGUUCCAAAUUAAUCCAGCUGCAAAUGGCUUCCUUCUCUUUGUCCUCCAUUACUGCCAGUCUAUUUUUUGGCCGUUUAGCUCUUAGUUUUGCCUCUGUAUUCUUUGAAAUCCCCAGAAAAUUAUCUCAUUUUCGAAGCCCGCUUCCA